CUCCUCCUCCGGGCAGCCCCCCGCCUCCAGCCUCGCCCCCCACCCCCAUAUUGUCCAUCCAGCUCGGCGGCGCGGGGGGCUUCCCGGAUCGCCAGGAUGUACCCCCAGGGAAGGCACCCGACCCCGCUUCAGUCCGGCCAGCCCUUCAAGUUCUCGAUCCUGGAGAUCUGCGACCGCAUCAAGGAGGAAUUCCAGUUUCUUCAGGCUCAGUACCACAGCCUCAAGCUGGAAUGUGAGAAGUUAGCCAGUGAGAAGACGGAAAUGCAGCGACAUUAUGUCAUGUACUACGAGAUGUCCUACGGACUCAACGUUGAGAUGCACAAGCAGGCCGAGAUCGUGAAGCGCCUCAGUGGGAUCUGUGCUCAGAUCAUCCCCUUCCUGACCCAGGAGCAUCAGCAGCAGGUGCUCCAGGCCGUGGAACGUGCCAAGCAGGUGACCGUGGGGGAGCUGAACAGCCUCAUCGGGCAGCAGCUCCAGCCGCUGUCCCACCACGCCCCCCCUGUACCCCUCACCCCUCGCCCGGCCGGGCUGGUGGGUGGCAGUGCCACGGGGCUGCUGGCCCUGUCCGGAGCGCUGGCCGCCCAGGCUCAGCUGGCCGCGGCCGCCAAGGAGGACCGGGCAGGCGUGGAGGCCGAGGGGUCCAGAGUGGAGAGAGCCCCGAGCCGGAGCGCGUCCCCCUCGCCCCCUGAGAGUGUGGCGGAGGAGGAGCAGCCGGGCGGCCCCGGCGGCGACGGGAAGCAGAGGGCCGAGGAGAGGGAUCUGUCGGGACCUUAUGAGAGCGACGAAGACAAGAGCGAUUACAACCUGGUGGUGGAUGAGGACCAACCGUCGGAGCCCCCCAGCCCUGCCACCACGCCCUGCGGAAAGGCGCCCAUCUGCGUCCCCGCCCGUCGGGAACUUGUGGACAGUCCGGCCUCCUUGGCCUCCAGCCUUGGCUCACCGCUCUCAAGAGCCAAGGAGCUUAUCCUGAACGAUCUUCCCGCCAGCACUCCCGCCUCCAAGUCCUGCGACUCCUCCCCGCCCCAGGACGCGUCCACCCCGGGGCCCAGCUCCGCCAGUCACCUCCGCCAGCUCGCUGCCAAGCCAGCGCCUUCCGUGGACAGUAUUGGCCUGAGGAGCCCCCUAACUCUGUCCAGUCCCUUCACCACCUCCUUCAGCCUGGGGUCCCACAGCGCUCUUAACGGGGACCUCUCUCUGCCCAGCUCCUAUGUCAGUCUCCACCUGUCCCCUCAAGUCAGCGGCUCUGUGGUGUAUGGACGCUCCCCCAUGAUGGCAUUUGAGUCCCAUCCCCAUCUCCGCGGGUCGUCCAUCUCGUCCUCCCUGCCCAGCAUCCCUGGGGGAAAGCCGGCCUACUCCUUCCACGUGUCUGCGGACGGGCAGAUGCAGCCGGUGCCCUUCCCGUCGGACGCGCUGGUGGGCGCGGGCAUCCCGCGGCACGCGCGGCAGCUGCACACGCUGGCGCACGGCGAGGUGGUCUGCGCCGUCACCAUCAGCGGCUCCACGCAGCACGUCUACACCGGCGGCAAGGGCUGCGUGAAGGUGUGGGACGUGGGCCAGCCCGGCGCCAAGACGCCGGUGGCCCAGCUCGACUGCCUGAACCGGGACAACUACAUCCGCUCCUGCAAGCUGCUGCCGGACGGCCGGAGUCUGAUCGUGGGCGGCGAGGCCAGCACCCUGUCCAUUUGGGACCUGGCGGCGCCCACCCCCCGCAUCAAGGCCGAGCUGACCUCCUCGGCCCCCGCCUGCUACGCCCUGGCCGUCAGCCCGGACGCCAAGGUCUGCUUCUCCUGCUGCAGCGACGGCAACAUCGUGGUCUGGGACCUGCAGAACCAGACCAUGGUCAGGCAGUUCCAGGGCCACACGGAUGGUGCCAGCUGCAUCGACAUUUCGGACUACGGCACUCGGCUCUGGACCGGGGGCCUGGACAACACCGUGCGCUGCUGGGACCUGCGGGAGGGCCGCCAGCUUCAGCAGCAUGACUUCACCUCCCAGAUUUUUUCCCUGGGCCACUGCCCCAACCAGGACUGGCUGGCCGUGGGCAUGGAGAGCAGCAACGUGGAGAUCCUGCACGUCCGCAAGCCGGAGAAGUACCAGCUCCACCUCCACGAGAGCUGCGUGCUCUCCCUCAAGUUCGCCUCCUGCGGGCGGUGGUUCGUGAGCACGGGCAAAGACAACCUGCUGAACGCCUGGAGGACGCCGUACGGAGCCAGCAUCUUCCAGUCCAAGGAGUCGUCCUCGGUGCUGAGUUGCGACAUCUCCGGGAACAACAAGUACAUCGUGACGGGCUCGGGGGACAAGAAGGCCACCGUGUACGAGGUGGUCUACUGAGACCCCUCCUCCUGCCCCCCUGGCCCGACCCCUGGGGGCGGGGCGUCUGGGACAGAGACCCCAUCACCCCCCCCAAGUGGUACCUGGGAGCCCGAAGUCCCGCCUGCCCUCUGGCUGCCCCCACAUCCUCCUGCUGGGUGUGGGGCUGGACUGGCAGGAGGCCUUUGGGGAAAUAAACCUAUUUAUCACAA